GUUAUAGUACAUUUUCUGGUCGCCCUAUCAGUUGAUAAACAGCUUCGAACGCAUUCACGCGCUUAUUUUUCCGCGAUAGUAAAAAGCAUUUUGUAGUCAAAAUGGGGUGCGGUGAAUUUCUUGUGAAAUACAUACUGUUCUUCACCAAUUUGUUCUUUGCUUUGGCAGGCCUAGCGCUGCUGGGCGUGGGCAUCGCCCUGCAACUGAACGUGACUGCGAUCACCAACCAAAUAGAUGUGAACCUUCAGCUCGGGCCCAUCACCACUAUAGUGGUCGGGGCGAUUGUCUUCCUGGUGGCCUUCUACGGGUGCUGCGGGGCCAUUCGCGAGAGCAACUGCAUGCUGGUCACGUACUCGAUCUCGAUGAUCGUGCUCAUGAUCACCAAGAUCGCGCUGGCCACGGUGAUCUUCGUCAACCUGCCGCAGGUGAUCGACGAGAUCAAGAGACACAUCACGCAGCUGUUCCAGGACAAACCCUCCGCCUUCCACGAGAUCGAAACUGCUUUCUCGUGUUGCGGUCCGUCCGGCCCUGUCUCCUACGGCAGCCCCUUCCUGACCCUCCCCGACACCUGCUGCGCCACCCCGCCCUGCAACGAAGGCAAUGCGUACGGCGGCUGCAACGCCAGAGUAGAAGCUGUCAUGCACACCUACGGGCUGGCCAUUGGUGUCGUCGCCAUUGUUGUCGUUUCUAUUGAGCUGGUUGCUGUGGUGUUCGGGCUGUGCCUGGCUAACCACGCCCGCAACAAGGCCAGAAGAUCUCGCUAUUAAGUCAUUACUUAGAGAUAAUUUGUUAUUAAGUCAUUUUAUACAUUAUACAUUAUACAUUGGUAGGACAAGCACAAUUUUGUUUCAUCGCAGUUUUAAGGUUCACACUUCUACCCCUCAGCUAGAUAACGUUCAUUGAAAAAUGAGCUUUGAAACGCUCUUUGUAGACAUAAUUUACAUUGGCAACAAAUUUGCGGUAUGCCCGCUGUCAGCUCUCAUCAAUGUAUUAUAUGUCUACAGAAGACACUAUAAGGUUAACUUUUCAAUUAACGUUAAAUAGCAGGGUAGGACCAUAGUUGUGUAUUUAUGGUGUCUAGAUAUCAAGUAUAUUACUUAAAAUACAAACUACAAAUACACGCACAUUAACUUAGUAUCAUUUUAAAAUAAUGUUAGUAUUUUGUCUUAAUUGAAAUAUCUAACGAACUCGUACAUAUGAGUACAAUGAUGCCAGAUCAACAUUCCUAGCAUGUACAAUUUUUUCCUGUAUUAUGUACCUCAGAAAAUUCAUCGUAACUAUUACCACCGUAGGUACUUAUAAAGGUAGUACCUACAAGUCUUUAAAUGUAGUGUAUAAGAUUUCUGUUUAUAAGCGUUGAACAAAAUGACACAAAAAGUAAGUACUUAGUGGAAGUUAGUUUUUGUUUACUAUGACAUGAUUUUCAACUUCGUUUCCUAAAUUACUUGAAAAUAGAUUUAUUUUUGUUGUAAAUGUUAACUUAUGUUUUACAUUCUGUCUAGAUAAAGAGUAGAAAAUAAUGGAGGGCCCUGUGUUCUCGUCUGUGUAAUCGUGGCAUUAUUGGCUUGACCGUUCCAUUUGGUAUUGCAAUGGCAAAAAAAGUACGUUAAAAAUUCGUUUUGUACUCUUUAUAGACAGAGUGUAAAUGACAAGGUUUUUUUUUAUAUAUUUGUCGUCAAUACUAAAAGUAUCGUUUGUGAAAUUGUGAUAAUAGUAGGUACGAGAUAUUAAGUACUUAAAUAAAUGUUACCUAUAUCA